GCGGAAGCGGCGGACCCGGAAGCGGCGCGGCGGGCCACCGGGACGGUCCGGCCAGAGCGGCGCGAUGGCGGCGGCGGCGGAGGAGGCCCGGUUGCUGGCCUGGCUGCGCGGCCCGGCGGCGGCGGGGCCCGGCGGCCCCGAGCUCUCCGCCUACGUGGCCGAGCUGGCGGCGCUGGGGCUGGCGGAGCUGGGGCGGGAGCCGGCGCGGCUGGCGGCGGAGCGGGCGCGGGUGGGGGCGGAGACGCGCCGCCUGGCCUUCGAGCACUACCGGGCCUUCAUCCGCUCCGCCGAGUGCACUGGCCGCGCCGGCCGCGGCUUCGGCGGCAUCGAGAGCCGCCUCGGCAGCCUGCUGGGCCGCCUGCCCGCCCUCCAGGAUGCCUGCCGGAAUUUCAUGCGUGAUGCGGAGGAGAUUGCCUGCAGCCGGCGCAUGAACAGCCUGACGCUGAACCGGCACACGGAGAUCCUGGAGAUCCUGGAGAUCCCGCAGCUCAUGGACACCUGUGUCCGUAAUGGUUACUAUGAGGAGGCACUGGAGCUCGCUGCCUAUGUGCGCCGGCUGGAGAGAAAGCACAGCAACAUCCCCGUGAUCCAGGGCAUCGUGGACGAGGUGCGCCAGUCCACCCAGCUGAUGCUGAACCAGCUCAUCCAGCAGCUCCGCACCAACAUCCAGCUGCCAGCCUGCCUGCGGGUCAUUGGCUACCUGCGGCGCAUGGACGUCUUCACAGAGGCUGAGCUGCGCAUCAAGUUCCUGCAGGCGCGGGAUGCCUGGCUACGCUCCAUCCAGGCCUCCAUCCCUGACGAUGACCCCUACUUCCACAUCACCAAGACCAUCGAGACCUGUCGUGUCCACCUCUUUGACAUCAUCACCCAGUAUCGUGCCAUUUUCUCUGACGAGGAGCCACUCUUGCCCCCCGAGGGGCAGGCCCUCAACGAGGGGGCCAUCUUCCAUGGCUGGGUGCUGCAGAAGGUCUCCCAGUUCCUGCAGACACUGGAGCGCGAUCUUCAGCGCGGGGUGGGCAGCCGCCUGGACUCGCUGCUGGGGCAGUGCAUGUACUUCGGCCUCUCCUUCAGCAGGGUGGGGGCCGAUUUCCGCGGGCAGCUGGCCCCCCUCUUCCAGCACGUAGCUGCCACCGCUUUCAGGAAGGCGGUGGAGGAGGUAGUGGAGAAGUUCCGGGAGGAGAUGAAUUCCUACACGCUCAUUUCUACCCCAUCUGUCCUGGGGGGCAGUGCCGGGGUGCCAAUGCCCACGGCCCAGCCGGGGACGCUGCAGCCACCCAUGGUGCUGCUGGACUUCCCGCCCCUCGCCUGCUUCCUCAAUGGCAUCCUCGUCGCCUUCAAUGACCUACGGCUCUGCUGCCCCAUCGCCCUGGCCCAAGACGUCACUGCCUGCCUGGAGGCUGCACUUGGUGAGGUGACCAAAACCAUCCUGGCCUUCCACCGUGCAGAGGAGGCGGCUUUCAGCGGGCGGGAGCAGGAGCUCUUUGUCCAGUUCUGCACGGCCUUCCUGGAGGAUCUGCUGCCCUACCUGAACCGCUGCCUCCAGGUCCUCUUUCCCCCGGCACAGAUCGCGCAGGCAUUGGGUGAGACCCCAGGGGCGUCCCCCCCCACCCAGCUGCAGCGCUUUGGCCGCCUGGGCCGCAUCGAUGUGGCCGCCCUGCGGGAGCCGCUGGCUUUCCUGCUGCCGGCGCUGGGCGAGGAGGAGCCGGCCCAGGAGAGGCGCCCGGGGGCGGACGGGGAGGCCCUGCCCGGGGAGCCCCUGCCGGGGCCGGAGAGCUCCCCCGCGGGGGCCGCGCUGCCUGGCAUCUCAGCCGGCACGGGGUAGCGGGGCCGGGCCGGGCGGUGGCCCGCCGCCCCCCGCGCCCCCCGGCGGUAGCGGGAGCCCCGCUGCCCCCCGUCCCGCCGCCAGGGGGCGCCCCGCACCCCCGCCGCGCCCCAGCUGCGCGC